CUUCUCCUCCAGUCUGUUCAGGAGGGAACUUUCUCUCUUUUCCCCUCUGGCUCUGCUCUCAUCACUUGGUUUGCAGUUUGAGCAAAGCUAAGCAGGGAGCUUCCAGAGCUCUUUGUCCAGUUUUGAAAAACUUCAGGGAUUCUUGAGGGAGCUAAUUUGGAAGAAGCGGAAGGGGGGAGCGGAAAAACAAAAGAAAACAAAGGAAGGAAGAAAGGAGAAUAAUGGUGAUCUGGUCUUGCCAAGAAAUCUUUUCAGUGCAAACUGUGAAGAAGGGAGAACCUGGCUCAUCACCGUGGGGUGAGGAAGAGGACUCAGCAGCUGUGGGUUUGAACUUUGGCUCCAUCUUCCACUGGAGUUUACAUAAAUAGAACAUCUUCUGCUGAGGCAGGGCUCAAUGAGCUAGCCUGACGUUCAAACAGCUGAAUGGGACAAGAAUCCAGCUUGGUCUCUAGCCGGGUUUUGGGGUGGUUGUAUUAAAAUCGAGACAUUGCAGCACUUUUGGAAACUUAAUAACAUCACAGAGGAAAUUAACUUUAUGGUGCAUGUGUCUUUGACUGUUUCAGCUUGAAGAUUAUUUUCUUUUUACUGAAAACAGCUCUACAGCACUGGUGGAUUUAAUUGCUUUUUUUUUUUUUUUAAAGAGAGAGUUGUUUCUAUAAAACUUGCCAAAGGAUUUGAAAGAACAAACCCUAGGUUGGGAGGGUAGAUUGUGAUUUAUUUUGGAGAAGGAGAAAGAGAUCUCCUAUCCCUCUUUCUCAGUGGAAGGUGCUUGGAUAAUAACCUCCCUUAGAAGUCUAAAUGCUUGGUCCAGCAUGGCUGUUUAUGCUCUCACAGGUUUCUCGCUAAUCAGCCUGCUUAGUUUUGGCUACUUGUCCUGGGACUGGAUGAAACCCAGCUUGGUAACAGAUGUUUCCAUGGACCCAAUGGAGAAAUCCCUCCCUCCUGCCUUUUCCAAACCACCUCACAUCAUCUUCAUUCUGACUGAUGACCAGGGAUACCAUGAUAUUGGGUACCAUGACUCAGACAUACAGACACCAAUGCUAGACAGGCUAGCAGCAGAAGGAGUUAAACUGGAGAAUUAUUACAUCCAGCCCAUCUGUACCCCAUCAAGGAGCCAACUUAUAACAGGCAGGUACCAGAUCCACACGGGCCUUCAGCACUCCAUCAUCCGGCCCCGGCAGCCCAACUGCCUGCCCCUGGAUCAGAUCACGUUGCCCCAAAAGCUGCAGGAAGCCGGCUACUCGACGCACAUGGUGGGCAAGUGGCACCUUGGCUUCUACAAAAAGGAAUGCUUGCCCACCCGCCGAGGCUUCGACACCUUUCUGGGCUCCUUGACAGGCAAUGUGGAUUACUACACCUACGACAACUGCGAUGGACCCGGCGUCUGCGGCUAUGAUCUGCACGAAGGGGAGAACGUAGCGUGGGACCAGAGUGGGAAGUACUCAACCUUCCUCUAUGCCCAGCGAGUGAGCAAGAUCCUGGCCACCCAUAACCCCAAGGAGCCCAUCUUUAUCUAUGUGGCAUUCCAAGCCGUGCACACGCCCCUGCAGUCCCCCAAAGAGUACAUCUACCGCUACCGCUCCAUGGGCAACGUGGCUCGGCGCAAAUACGCCGCGAUGGUGACGUGUAUGGACGAGGCCGUGAGGAACAUCACCUGGGCACUCAAGAAGUACGGUUACUAUGACAACAGCGUGAUUGUGUUCUCCACGGACAACGGCGGGCAGACAUUUUCUGGGGGAAGCAACUGGCCUCUGCGAGGCCGCAAAGGGACCUAUUGGGAAGGCGGGGUCCGCGGCAUUGGUUUUGUUCACAGCCCCCUGAUCAAACGCAAGCGCAGGACCAGCUGGGCCCUGGUCCACAUCACAGACUGGUACCCUACGCUGGUGACCCUGGCUGGGGGCAACGUGUCUGAAGCCGAGGGCCUGGAUGGGUACAACGUGUGGCCGGCCAUCAGUGAGGGCAAGGACUCCCCGCGCACCGAAAUCCUACACAACAUUGACCCCCUGUACAACCACGCCAAGCAUGGCUCCCUGAAGGGCGGCUUUGGCAUAUGGAACACAGCUGUGCAGGCCUCCAUACGGGUGAGGGAAUGGAAGCUGCUGACUGGUGACCCUGGCUACAGCGACUGGAUCCCGCCUCAGAUGCUGACCAACUUCCCAGGGAGUUGGUGGAACCUGGAGCGGCUAACGGACAGUGUGCGCAAAUCCGUCUGGCUCUUCAACAUCACAGCAGACCCCUAUGAGCGCGAUGACCUGUCAGACCAGCGCCCGGACGUGGUCAGGGCUCUCUUGAAGAGGCUGGCCCAUUACAACCGGACUGCAAUCCCAGUUAGGUACCCAGCUGAGAACCCCCGGGCCCACCCGGACUUCAAUGGCGGUGCCUGGGGGCCAUGGGCCAGCGAGGAGGAAGCGGAGGACUGGGAGGGAGGUGGCGGGCUGCUGAGAAAUAAAAACAAGAAGAAGAAGUGCAAGAUCUGCAAGCUGCGCUCCUUUUUCCGGAAGCUGAACACCAGGCUGAUGUCAAACCGCAUCUGAUGGGGUUGCUGCAGAGCUCCAGAUGCAGCUGCUCAAGGCGGGUGUUCCAAAUGGCCAGGACAAUGGGAGGGAGAGAGGCAGAUGGCCACAGAAACAGCAGCGCCCUCUCACUUUCCCUUGUCCCAGUGGACACAUGCACAGGGCCAGCCAUGCACAACAGCCUCCAGAUGUCUUUUCCUCCGGUCUCCCCCAAAUUGAGCAACCUGCAGGGAUAGCCAUCCGGUCUGCAAGGAGCAGGUGUCCAGGUUAGCGUGGCCGAGGGAGAGUGACGGGGGUCCUGCAAUUUUGUUUAGUGGAUGUUACAUCGGUCGCAGGUUGUCGAACUGUCCAGCCCGUUCCAGCGCAAAAGAAUGAAACUUGUCUUAAACGAUCAACGCAGGGACCAGUUCAAACGCACCAUCCUGGGAGCAAAGCUUUAAAAGCAGAUCAAACCCAUGGUACUUGAAGUUGCAUGGGGAUAUUUUCAUGUGGUUCAUAUGAGGAUGGCUGGCCUGCUGAAGGCUGCUUCAGGACAGUUUUCCCUGGUUGUCUCUCUAUAAAAUGUGCUGUCACCCUAUGGAAUCCUAGUGAGUGUGCUACAUCAUGUGCCCCUGCUCUGGGAAAACAGCCUAGGGUGACCAGACAGCAAGCGUGAAAAAUCAGGACAGGAGGGGGGAGUAAUAGGAGCCUAUAUAAGAAAAAGAUCCCAAAAUUGGGACUGUCCCUAUAAAAUCGGGACAUCUGGUCACUCUAAAACAGCCUGUGCAUCCUCACUCAGCUCCGGCCACAGCUUUUUCCUCCUGAAGACUUUACGGCAGGUGGUAGCGCGGAGAAGGCGAGAGAACUUAUUUUUAUGUUGAAGGUCCCUGGCUCAGAGACUAGGCAGAGUCUGGGACAGCAAGAGAAUACUAUCCCUAAUGGACACAAAGGCAAACAGACUGUAUAUAGGCCUGGAUCAGUGUAGCCCUGAGGUGUAUUGGAGACACGUUUGCACUGAGAACUUGUGGGGCGUUAGCUGUUUCAAUGUAAAGCAAUCCCAGUUUACAUUCGUCUAUCGUACAGACUCAUGCAUGUACCACACAGGUGGACACGUAUGUGUGGACUCACUUACAGCCACCUCAACCACAAUGGGUUUGAAAGAAGGUAGCUCCCUGAUUCUCAGCUCCCAGGGGUGUCCUCUGCCAGAUAGCCACCUCCUGCCCCUACCUUUGCAGGGACAGUGACACAGCAGAACAGCUUGCCUCAUGGCCUUGCUGCCAUGUUGAUGCCAACUCUGGAACAGAGGACCAGGUCUUUCGGACACUUGCUCUGCAUGGUCUGUUUUCCAGGGUGUGCAUGGAUUCCCAGGGGAUCCACAAAGAGCUAGUGGCAAAUGCAGUGCAGCUUGGCGAUGGGGAUGUAAGGAAGGAUCAGCGUGUAGUAACACCUUGCUGGGUUGCAAACCGCCGGCAUCUCUUUUGUUUGUUCCCAGAGCAGUUCCUUACUCAACACACUCCGAUGAUGUGUUUGCAACAAACAGGCACCCACUGCUUCCCUGGCUGCCGAGUGAGUCUCCAUAAUUGCUCAGUCCUGCCAGCAAGGAGGGGACACCAUACCACCCUCCUUCCUUGGGAAUUUAACUGAGGAGAUAUCCGAGGCCAGUCUUCUCUGAGCGUGACAGAGUGCAAAUUGCUGGUCCUCCACUUCUGCUUCCUUUUACUGCUGAUCUUUCUGUGGCGUGUGUGUGAGAGAGUGUGUGCCCGUGUGUGCCACAGAUGGGGGCUGGCCAGGAAGAAAGAGGGUAAAUGGCUUUAAAAGCAUUUUUAACAUGUGGCGCAUUUACAUUUACACAAUGCAUUUUACAUUUCUCCCCACAGGUUUCUCUUGGUGCAGUGUGUGUAGGCGACAGCCCUGCUGUGAAUUUUGAAAAUAGUUAUUUUUGUCUCUGGAAAUUGAGGCCUGUUAGGACUUGUCAGCUUUUGGAUGAGCAGUGUAGGCCUUCUUUUUUUUUUUUUUUUUGCAAAAUAACAUUCAUUUUAAAUCUGUCACUGAAGAAUGUGACAACUGGCAGCAUUUUCACUGACUACCUUGCAGAGUGCUUUCCCGUUGUCUCCGUAUGUGUGUGUGAGGAAAGAGACAGAGACGAGCCUGGG